ACUGUAGCAAUAUCAGAACUGCGUAGGGUAUGUCAUGUCAAGAAACAUCGGACUGCAAGCCCAUGGGUGGGUUUACGAUCAAAUGCAUGACGGUGCAACAAAAGCAGAGUCUACACGGGUAAUUACAUUUACAGCCUUAAAUCUUCUUUUGACUUUCUUCUGAUCGCAUGUAAAGUGCGGUAUUUGUGGCUGACCAGCGGUGCUGCUGCUGCAUGAAACACCGGCCGGUGUGUUGGCUCCAACAGAGACUGUCGCAUUUGCUGUCACUUUUCAAUGAAUUAUUAGUCAUAAAGUGAUUUUAUUGGACUAAAGUUUCUUUGGCCUGGACGCAUAAGUGUAAAUAAAAAUGAGCGCCACGGUGUAUGUUUUAUCCACGGUUACCGGGUACGUGCUGACCUCCGUAUUACUGCUGAAGUGUCCGUCUCUACUGCACCGGAGAAAAAGAGAAGCCUUCCGGAGCAGACACAUCUCACACCGCGGCGGUGCUGGUGAGAACUUGGAGAACACAAUGGCGGCCUUCAGGCAUGCCGUUCAACUGGGCACAGACAUGUUGGAAUUGGACUGUCAUUUGACCAAGGAUGAGCAGGUGGUGGUACUGCAUGAUUCCAACCUGAAGAGGUCGACUGGCAUUAACUCGUACGUCUCUGACGUGGCCUACGCGGAUCUUCCACCUUACUUUUGUAAGCUUGGCGUGUGUUUCAAGCGAGAGUGCUUUUGUGAAGGCGGCGAUGACAAACGCAUCCCUCUGCUUACAGACGUGUUUGAAGCUUUCCCAAACACUCCUGUAAACAUUGACAUUAAGGCCAAUAAUGACACCCUCAUCAAGAAGGUGUCCGAGCUGGUCAUCCAACACGACAGGGAGCAUCUGACUGUCUGGGGAAACUCCAGCAAUGAAAUCGUAAAGAAAUGUUACAAAGAGAAUCCACGAAUCCCAAUGUUGUUCAGCUUGCACAGAGUGCUGCUGUUAGUGGGGCUUUUCUACACUGGGCUUCUGCCUUUUUUCCCGCUCAAAGAGCAGUUCCUGGAGAUCCCCAUGCCUUCCAUCAUUUCUAAAGUCAGAGACCCUGAUCGUCAGACACGGAGUCAACAGUUCAUAACAUGGUUGGCAGACACGCUUCUCAUGAGAAAAGCUCUAUUUGAUCAUCUGACAGGCAGAGGAAUACAGGUGUAUGUCUGGGUGUUGAACGACGAGGAGGACUUUAAACGUGCCUUUGACCUUGGGGCCACAGGGAUUAUGACAGACUAUCCCACCAAACUGAAGGAGUACAUGGAGGAAAACAAAUACAACACCAACCAUAAAUAAGACAUGUUGGUUGAAGUAAACAAUAUGCUUUUCCACUGAUCUUUGGCCUAUUUGGUUUGGGAAAGGCCUCUUAAAAGAAUAGUUCACUCAAAAAAUAAAUUCUCUCAUAAUUUCCUCACCCUCAUGCAAUUCCAGUUUCUUUCUUCUGAAGAACACAAAGAUUUUUAGAAGAAAAUCUUAGCUUUGUUGGUCCAUACAAUGCAAGUGAAUGGUGAUCAAAACUUAGAAAAUCCAAAGAGCACAUACAGGCAGCAUAAAAGUAAACCAAUUGACUCCAGUGGUUAAAUCCAUAUUUUAGCACCAUCUAGGAAAUGUAAUGAGUUUGAAAACAUGAUCGUGCCUAGAUACAGCAAUGGCAAGAUGAAAAAGACGUUAAAUCAUGGUCUGUUUGCACCCAAAACUUAUUGGAUCACUUUAGAAGACUUGGAUUUAUCCAAUUGAGUCUUAAGGAUUACUUUUAUGUGCUUUUGGAGCUUCAAAGUUUAGGUCACCAUUAAGUUGCAUUGUAUGGACCUACAAAGCUGAAAUGUUCUUCAGAAAAUAUUUGUUUGUGUUCUGCAGAUGAAAGAAAGUCAUACACAUAUGGGAUGGCACAAGAUUCAGUAAAUGAUGAGACCAUUAACAUUUUUGUAUGAACUAUUCCUUUAAUAACCCAGCAUUUGGAUAUUUAUGUCCAUGAUUGUAGAAGUGCCAGCUAUCAGUUCUGCAUUCUUCAACAAACAGCAUCAGAGCGAUUUUAAAGCAAAUCAGACAUCAUAGCUUUAACAUCUCCAUAUCAAGAAACAUUAUCUUUAGUAAGCAAGAGGACUCAUGAUAGUGUAGUUAUGCAAUAUUAAUGGUUUUAGGGCGGUGUUAUUAUUAUCAUGGCAUUUCUGUGAAGUUUACAGGUGAAUUAAUUGUAUAUAGCCACUUUCAUUGUAUGUUAUUGACUGACAGUGGAUUGUUUCAUUACAAUGUGAUUUGCAUCUGUUUCUGCAAUAACAGCGAACUUAAUAAAGACUCGAGAGAUAAUUGUCUAAAUGACAAGACUGAAGCUACUGAAGUUUUUCCAAGGCACAAAAAUAAAAACUAGUUUAAAAGGUAUAUUAUAUGGGAUCACUGAGAGAUCAACACUCAGAGGACAUUAGAGUUGGUUUUGUAUGUUGACUGCAAUACUCUGGUUUUAUUGCAUGUAUAUGUUUUGGUCAAAAAGAAGUUAAAGGUAGGUUAUGACUGUAAAGAUGUCUCGAUUGCUUGAAGUGUUAAGUUUAUAUAAUACAAUACUAGUCAAAAGUUUGAACACACCUUAUUCUUUAUUAUGUUUCUCCACAUUUUAUAAUAAUAAUAAUAAAUCAUCAAAACAAUGGGAAAAAAACUCUUAUGCACUGUAAAAUCUAAUUAGUUGACCUUAGAUUUUUCAAGGCAAUCGGUUUGCAUGCUUUUUCUAAGUAAAAAUACUUAUUUGGCUCAAGUAAACUGAACUUAAUUUUUUAUGUACUGUUACCUAGUUACAAGUAAACUUAGCUCAUCUGUGAUUAAAAUAUUGUUGUGUUGAUUAAAUAAUUUCAAUUGGGAUAUAACAUGUAUUAUACAGUGGAAAAGAAUUUAUGAAUGGACACUAGCUUAGCCAUAUGGCACAUUGGAUACUACUCAGUAAAUCUUAGUGCACAUAAAUUUGCACUUUUGUGAAGUACAAUUGAGUAAAGAAUGGCUUAAACUUAACAGGCUCCAAGUUCAUGGUAACACUAAUCACUCUCAUGGUGAUUUCACAAAAAUAUCAAUUAUCAACCAGCUACAACAAUAGUCAUAAGAAUUAAAACUAUACAUUUUUAAACAAAAAAGUAUUAUUUUUCUACAUAAGUUCCCUUGUUUUAAACAAACAUAGAGAAUGUAUUCAAGGGCUUAUGGGUAUUCCACACAGCUGCAAUUUUGUACUUGAUCAUUUUGAGUUAAUAGUACUCAAUGCCAAAUUUAAAAUGAUGUAUAUUUUUGAGUUAUGAUUCCAAAUGUGACAUUUCAAGUAAUGUUUAAUUAGGACCACUUAAAUGUUUUUACUAAGGACAACUUUAGGAUCUAGAAAGUAAUGGUAACUUAAUUAAAACUAUUAAGAAUUGAAAAAACUUCAGAUUAAGUUGUAUAAACUUUUUUUUAAGAUUACUAUUAGUGUGGAAAUUAUUUAGUGACCAAAAAAUGUUAAACAAAAACAUGUAAAAACUCAUUUUGAUUUCUCUCAACCAACUUUUGAGGUAUCCACUCGAGGUACUUUUAAAAUCUGAAUGAAGGAGCUCCUUAUAUGUUGGCUACUUUUUCUUAUCCGGUCCAACUCAUCAUCCAUUUUAGUUUUGUAAGAUCAUGUGAAAAAUAACUUCAGUCAGGUGUGUCCAUAUUUUUGACUAGUAGUGUAAUGUUAAAAUGUUUUUACUCAGUUUAAUGAAAGAGGUUGUUUUGGAGUGAACCUGGGUGACAAACAUUUAAGGGUUAACUAGAUGGAUGAUGUUUUAAAAUGUUGUGUAAUGUGACUUGAAUGCCCUUAUGCUGAUGACAGAAAUUGAUUUUAACUUUAGUUGGCUUCUUUACAUGAGAGGAGAAUCUGAGAAAUGUUGUUUAAGGAAUUGGAUGUAAAAUGCUGGAUACAUUCAAAAUUGGUUUUCUUCAAGUUUUACAUUAAAGUGUGUAUAUUUUUUCCAUUUGUGAAAUUGUUUUUCUGUUUCAUUCAUUUCGAACAAACAACUUCAACGCCAAAAAAUGCAUCAUUACUUGUGUAGGAACUUGGUAUAGUGUUUAAUUUUUAAUGAUAGUACUGUAAUUAAAGAAGUUAUUUGGUUUCGCCUUUGAAUUUCAGCCCCACAGUUCUGUUUGGAUUUGCAAAUAUACUGCCAUUGAAUAUAUUUUAAAAUGUAUUUGAAAUAAUCUAUUAUUGCCUUUGUGUUGUAAUGCUGUGUGUAUGUCUUAUGAAGCAAUUAAAUGCUCCUCGAAAGAUUCCAGUCCCUUUUACUGCUUUUGUUUUUGUUAUGAUAUAAUGUGCAGCUAAAUGUGCAGAGAUAACUUUAAGUAAGCCAUUCAUAGGUUGGUACCUCCCAAAAAGUGUAAAUACUGUGAAUAUUGUGCAGAAAUUACAUACUUCCUAUUAACCCUUAAACGCAUACCUUGGGUCUUUCGUGACCCUUGUGCGGCAAAUGUUUUGGAGUUGUGCCCACACCUCUUUAGUAUUCCUCAACCUUUCUAUUAUGAAUAGUUUAACACAAAAAUAAAAUAGCAGAAAAUACAUAUUUUUUUAUGAUUGCUUAAAGGUAGUAUGCCCAAAUAUGAAAAUGUUCUCAUCAUUUACUUGCCUGCUUGCCAUCCCAGGUAUGUAUGAUGUCUGCUGAACACAACCGAAGAGUUUUAAAGAGUUUUCUUUUGGUCCAUACACUGCAGGGUAAUGGGUACCAAAAUUUUGAAG